AUCUGCGUCCUCCAGGAAAGCGAAACCCCCCCUCCAUCUCCACCCCAUCUCCAUCUCCAUCCCCUUCGUCGCGUCUGCUCCAACCGCUCCCUCCUUGAUUUGAUCACGGGCCGAUUGGGGCCGAUUAGAGUUUACGAGAGUGAGGGGGAGGUAGGGUUCCGCUCCCGCGGGAGAUGGCGCAGGCGGUGGAGGAGUGGUAUCGGCAGAUGCCCAUCAUCACGCGCUCCUACCUCACCGCCGCCGUCGUCACCACCGUCGGCUGCACCCUCGAUAUCAUCUCGCCCUACCACCUCUACCUCAACCCGAAGCUCGUGGUGCAGCAGUACGAGAUCUGGCGCCUCGUCACCAACUUCCUCUACUUCCGCAAGAUGGAUUUGGAUUUUAUGUUCCACAUGUUUUUUCUUGCACGGUACUGCAAGCUUCUCGAGGAGAACUCAUUUAGAGGGAGAACUGCAGACUUUUUCUACAUGCUCUUAUUUGGUGCUACUGUCCUAACUGGCAUUGUUCUAAUUGGAGGGAUGAUACCUUAUGUUUCUGAGACAUUUGCCAGAAUUCUGUUCUUGAGCAAUUCACUGACGUUCAUGAUGGUUUAUGUCUGGAGCAAGCACAACCCCUUCAUCCACAUGAGCUUUCUGGGCUUGUUCACCUUUACUGCUGCCUACUUACCUUGGGUCCUUUUGGGCUUCUCUAUCCUUGUUGGAAGCAGCACAUGGGUGGAUCUCUUGGCUACUGUCAUCUUGAUUCAAAUUGUCGGACUGUACGGAAUCAUGAGCUUCAUUUGAGCACACAUGAAUGAUUGAACUGCAGGAGUCUUGUGUAGUUUGCCUGGUAUGAUUGCUGGACAUGUGUACUACUUUCUGGAAGAUGUGUACCCGCGGAUGACUGGCCGUCGACCCUUGAAGACUCCUUCGUUCAUCAAGGCUCUGUUUGCUGAUGACAAUGUUGUUGUGGCACAGGCACCCAAUGCUGGGGUUGGUGCGGGUGCAAGGUUUGGCGGUAUGGGUCCAGAUCCCCAGGUUCAAUGAUGACCUGAGGCUGUGACAGAUGUGAGGCGGCAAUUUGUUUAUCUGCUCAAGUUGCGAGAUUGUACAAGCUAAUGUUCUUGUGUAUUUAUACAGGCUUGAUGAGAGUUAUUGUGCAUAACAAAAGAUUAGUAGUAUCUGAGGCAGCUGAGUUUCUCACCCCUUGGCAACGCCGACCGAAAUGAUUGUGAUUGCCAGACAGGCCACCUCAAUACCUCAUGUUUCUGGAACUUGUUCUUGCAAUGGCUAACAUCAUCUGACCUGUUAGGCUGGUACUCUUUCAUGGAAUCAGUGUAGUCUAAGAAGCUCUUUCAACCAGAGUUAAGUUCGCUACUUUGGCCGUGAGAAUUUCAUCGAGCGUUGUAAUUGCAGAAUGGUGCAAAAAUUAGCUCUAACAUUGUGCAUUGUGGUGGUUGUUUGUUUGCCCUACUGAUUCUGUUGUUUCCGCAGUCUGGAUGUUCUGACCCUAUGUGUUUCAAUGACUCUUCUGUUUCCUCGGAUCUAAA